UAUACUGUAAAAAUUAGAAGAGACUUGCUAAAUUCAUAUAAUCUGAGUUCUUGGAUCCUUUAUUAGAGUGUGUAAUCUGAGUUCUUGAUCCACAACUCUCACAUUUGAGGGUUUUCUCUCUGAUUGCCCUCUUUCGCUGUUCUUGCAUUAAGAUCAAUCUUCUGGUUGUGUAAUCUGAGUUCUUGGAUCCUUUGAUAAGAGGCGUUAGAAGUUGCUCUUGAUUUAAGGCGUAAGUUUCUUGUCAUGAUACUGUUCUUAUACGCAUUACGGCAUUAGCAAUUAACUUGUAGAGAAUCAAACUAGAGGAGAUAUCGUCAUCGAAUUAGGGGUUAAACAACAUGGAAAUUACUCGCAGCGAUUGCUAUCACGAAAGCAACAGUUAUCUUGGAGUUCUAUCUACCGAUUAAUUCUUAAACCUAUAAACUCAAAGCCGAUUCUUCUACCAAAAUCGUUCACUGCUUUCAAUAAGGAAUGGCUAAGACAAGGAGUAUGACCAGAAAGCAGAAUCAUGAUGAUACAUCAUCAUCUAGCAGGAAGAAGAGGUUCAAGACUUAUGACCAUGGUGGUGUGGCACCUUGGUUAGAACUUAACCAUGAUUUACUUUUUUUAGUUAUGAUGCAACUUGGAGUCAUUGAUUUUGUUGCAUUCAGUGGAGUUUGCAAGUCAUGGAGGUCACUCGCACUCAAUAAUAAGAAGAUUUUUAUGGCAUCCAAACCACCGAUGUUGAUGUCCAUCUCUGAUCCUUCUUAUAAGAAGAAAGAGUGCUACUGCUUCCUAGAGGACUUUGAAGGAAGAAAGUUCAAAACCAUGAUUCCCAAUUCAUCUGGAAGGACUUGUAUCGGCUUAACUUGUGGCUACUUAAUCUUGUUAGGGGAGGAAACCAAAGACUUGUGGCUUGUGAAUCCUAUCACAAGGCAUCAACUUCAUUUCCCAUGUGUUCCUUUCAAUGCCCCUCUUUUUCCAAAUGGAGUCAAGGCUAUCCUCGUCUUUUCACGUACAAUAAAUGGGUGGGUGUUUGUUGUGUUAAAUCAAUCCCAGCGUGAAAUAUGCUUUUCUAUAUCGGGUAAAGCUGCAUGGAAUCAUGUCUCUACUUCCUACAUCCUUGAUUUGCAUGCUUUCAAGGGGAAGAUAUAUACGAUAGACGUGUAUGGUGUUGUAUGUGAAAUGGUACUCACUCCAAACCCUAAAUUGACAUUACUCAAAAUCAAGGAUAUGUUGAAGCCACAGUUCUUAUAUCCUGGGUUUGUAAGUUGGGAUGAAAAACUUUAUGUGAUGGAUAUCUUUCUAGAAUAUUCCAACAUGGUUCAGCUAUUAGAUCUUGAUGAAAUGAAAUGGGUGACACAAAAAGAAAGGGCAAUUGGAGAACUUGCUUUCUUUCUUAGUGUGUGGAGGUAUGAUGCUGCUAUUAAACCGGAGUCAUGGGUUGACUCUGUUGACCCUCUGUUGAAAUAUGAGAGAUAUGAACGCUUCAUUGACACUAGUGAUAAAAGUCAAAAACAUAGGUUUUUUGCUGUAGACAAGUGGUACUUCCCUGAUCGUUGUUUGAAUGUUGAUCAUAUAAAUGAGUGAUCAUAGAGACUAUUAUAGACUUGUUACUUGUUUUUUGUAUUUGCUUAUCUUAGCUUCUUUCAAGACAUGCAUGUUGUUGCAACUUAUUGUAUAAAAAUAGACCAUAUCUCCCUUUUA